GUCUUCCCCGACCGCCGCAACCACAAGCUCAGCUGCAGCUCCCACGCCGCCGGCGACGACGACCUCCUCCUCCUCCUCCUCUUCGUCGAAGGGAGCCAUUGGUGACGCCGGCGAGGUGGUGGGCUGUGGGUACGGGCGGCGGCGGCGGCGAUGGGGAAUUGCCAGGCGGCGGAGGUGGCGGCGGUGGUGAUCCAGCACCCGGGCGGCAAGGUGGAGCGGCUUUACUGGCCGGCCACCGCGGCGGACGUCAUGCGCAGCAACCCAGGCCACUACGUCGCCCUCGUGUUGCUCCGUGUCUCCGCCUCCUCGUCCGGUGGUGGCGGUGGCGGCAAGGCCGAACACUCCGCCGUCGGAGCGGCCGUCGGCGACGAGUCCGGAGGGGCGGCGGCGAAGAUCACCAAGAUCAAGCUGCUCAAGCCCAAGGAGACGCUGCUCCUCGGCAAGGUCUACCGCCUCGUCACCUCCCAAGAGGUGACCAAGGCGCUGCAGGCGAGGCGGCAGGAGAAGAUGCGGCGGUGCAAGGAGGUCACCGACCACCACCACCGGCAACCGCAGACCGGCGACUCCGCCGCCGCCGGAGAAGAACAGAGGCGACCCUCCGAUCACCAGGAGCGGAAGCCGGCGGAGAAAGACCGGCACCGGAGCAGCGGCGGCGGCGGCGGCGGCAGAGGGCGGAAUUGGCGGCCGUCGCUGCAGAGCAUCUCGGAGUCGGCGAGCUGACAUCGUACGGCCAGGAUUAAACUACGAUUAGUACAGGAGGGUUUGGUUUGGAAAUUGGGAAGGUAGAAAUCAGAAAUGUAAAUUAGGUGAAGAGUUCUCGGUUAGGUCAAGCGUAGCUGCUGGCUUGCACAGUGAAGAACUCGCAGCUUCAGAAUUUUCAGAGUAGUUUUGCAACGAACAGCACAGGGUUGUUAAUUAAUAAUUACUGCUGUAGUUUACUGCUUGCUACUGCUAGGAUGGUAGGAUCAUCAGUUCAUCAGCUAGCUGCUGAUUCAAACAUGAGUAUAAAAAACAGGGGGGGGGGACUGUUCAUGGUGUGAUCUUCUUUGUUGUUUGGAUCCAUGUGGUCUUGGGGAAAAAAAAAGGAAAAAUGGUCAAUCUAUUAUCUACUCAGAAUGAAAAUGGAAUUUCAAGA